UGUUAAAUUUGUUAAAUUUCCUCUGAUUUUUUUUAAAUUUUUGCUGCUGUUUUUUUUUGUACAUAUUAACUCAUUCCAUCCCAGACAUUUUUCAAAAUGUAUCCCCCUCGGUAGCGGCCAUUUUAGAUGAUUUUGACUGAUCUUUCAAGGCACACAGAACAUUGUGUUGUACGGUUAUAUAAACAUGGAACCUACCAAAAGAAACAUUACACUCCCGUCUUUCAUCAGGAAAGAUAGCAAGCGUUCGUUAGUAAUCAGCUUUUUGUGUAAGCGCGAGGCUUUUUUGCAAAAAUACAUUUCAAGCAUAACUUUCACUUUGACACAAAUAGUUCCUUUUGUGAUAGCUCAAACAUCUAAACACCUGUACCACAACAACAUCAAAAUAAAAUUUAUUUUACAAUUAUAACACCAUCACAUUUAGAAGCAAACUGUGUGUGUGCACGUGUGUGGGCGUAUGUGCGCGCGUGUGUGCAUGUGCGCGCGUUAAAAUUUCCGUACAAUGCGUAACCUCCAGCACGCUACACUCCUCCACGUUUUCGUCAAUACACGGAAAAGAUCCAUGCCGAGCUCUUGUCAAAUGCACUUCUGCCACCUUGUGGCCGUUUUUAUGGCUUAAAACUGCAUGAAACGUGACCUCUUUUAUUGUGCACUUGCGUCAUCACCUCUUGUUGCCUGAAUUGAAUGAGUUAAUAUUAUUGGAUUUAUGGGUAUGACGUUAUAUUUCCCUCAUAUCAGCACCCCUAAUAAAAAUGGCAUAAUAUUAUUUUGCAGCUUUACACAUUGGCUGUAAAAUAUCCAAGAAUGUAAUCUAAUCCCUGAUCAAAGUGUCGCCACUGAGGUUUAACAUUUGAUAAUCUGAGGAACGAUCAAUGAAACAAUUUAGAUCAGGACUUUCUGUUUUGGGAUGUAUGGUGGAAAUCCAUGACCAAAUUUGGGCCCAUAAUAAGUCGCAAAACGUUUGGAACGUUGCAAGAUCUCGCAAAAAUGUGUCUUUUUUUGUUGUUUUUUACCCACCAAAACGAUUUUCACCCAUGACCUAUAGGUGUCGUUGGCCCCCAACCUUUUUGAACCAGCCGUCGUUCCUGUCGUUGUCAUCGCACAUUAUAGCGUUCAAAUGCUAUUUAUUUUAAUAUGUAUUGUGUAAAACUAUGACAGGAACAACAUCAAAUUUAAAGCACGAAAUGAAUACAGAGCCACCAUCCACCAGUACCAGCCUGGACUUUGUUUUUCACACAGGUUGUGUACUCAGAAAAUAUACACAUUAGCACUCAAUAAGGUCAUCAGAUCUUACCUUUAUGUGUUCCCACAUUGUAUCAUAUAGCAUUUGGUGAAAGAAAAAGUGUGAAAAUACAGUAUAGUAGUCUAUCUGUGCAGCGUGGGACCAAGCUAUAUGGUGCGUUCAAGGAAAGUCCAACAAAGUGGCAAAAACCAACAUAAACAUGCAAAAACUUUAGGAUUUCUAACGGUAUAUUACUGUUUGAAUAAAAUAAUGGCCCAUAUUUCUAAAAUUGAUAUAAAGGUAGAAAGAAUGCAGGUAGUGCAAUGAACACAGGAGAUGGAGACAGACAGACAGAGAGGAGAGGAGAGGAGACAGAAAGACACGACACACACUAUUCACAAAAAUACGCCCCAGCGCCUGUUUUGGGAAUAAGAGUCUGCAGGCAGCUUGCAGGCGCACAGCUUCACAUGACUGCAUGUGAACAAAGUCUCUCUCACACACACACACACACACACACACACACUCUUGGAAAAUCCCAUGGGCAUACCACCACACACAUAUAUUGCACAUGGAGAAAUAAUAAUACAGCGUAGCAUAAAACACAAGCUCCAAGUUUGCAUGUAGGACAGUCCUUGGACACUUUCACAGUGGAACCCGUUUAUGUCGACGCUGACUGACGUGGACGUAGUCUGUUGCAUUUUCUCCAUAUUUUAACUUUAAUAAAAAAUAUAAAAAAUCUCAGGUUCUGCCAGCGGCACAGCUUCCAGUUGUCUCGCCAACACUUGAACAUUUCAUUUUCAUUUCAAUAAUAAUAAUAAUAAUAAUAACAACAUUAAUAAUAAUUAGGGCUGUCAAAUGAUUCACAUUUUUAAUCAGACUAAUCAUGCUUUUCAAAUGAAUUAAUCAUGAUUAAUCACCAUGUCACACUAUGUUACCUUAUGUUACCUUAUCAUUUUCCUAUGCAUUUUAAACUAGCAAAGAGUACAUUUGGAAUAGAGGAAGUGAACAAAUGUAUUGCAGUUGAUGUGAAACAGAUGAGGGGUUGGAUUAAACAAGCUUUGUAGAACUGUGAAUUGUACUAUGUGAUGUAUUCCAAUGUAACUUGUAUGCAUGUUCAAAAUAAAUUCAACAAUUACCAUUACCAUGUCUGAAAUAUGCCCAUUUUUACUGUAUUUUAUUGAAAGAAAGAUAAAUGACACAGCAGGAUUAUAUAUAUUUGUAUGUAUUAGCAGCACCAAAUUAACCUAAUAUUUAAAUCAAGUUAAGAAAUUACACAUACGUAUGUUAGAAAAGCUAUUUACCGAACACGGGUUUCUUAGCAGAAUAUUUGAUUCGGACUUUUAAGUGUUAUUAUGAGCAAUGAAGAGUAGUGUUCAAAGACACCACAUCAUUUAAGGUAAGUUCACAUGUUUCGAGUGAAUUUUCUGGGAUUUCCGAGCACACUUAAAUGCAGCAAAUUGUGCUUCCGCAUGAAGAGUUACAAAGUGAGUGAUAAGAACAUCCACUUAUUGAUUUUUAUUGCAUUUCUGUUUAUUUAGACCAGUGGUCCACAACCCCCGGGCCGUGGGUCAUUUGGUACCGGGCCGCACAGAAAGAAAAAAUAAUUUCCUUUAUUUCAUUUUUUUUAUAUGUUUUAUUUUGAAAAGUGGCCGGAUUCUCUCUGUUACAUCCGUCUCACUUGACGCAUGUCCAUUGUGGGUGUGCUAACUUUAUCUCAUGCCGCACAGAUAGACUACUACUGUAUUUUUACCAUUUUUCUUUCACCUCAUAUGUGGUGUCAAAUGCUGAUACUAUGUGGGAAUGCAUGAAGGUAAGUUUGGAUGACUUAUUGAGUGCUAAUGUGCACAUUUGUCUCAAGUUAAUUCAUGCUAGCACACUGCCUUUUACCACACACGUCAAACAGCCAUGUAAUCAUCUCUCUGGAAACACUUGAACUGGUGGAUGGUGGGUCGCCGUUAAUUUUGUGCUUUUAAUUUGCUCUUAUUCAUGUCUUUGUUUUACACAAUACAUCAUAAAUAAGAUAAAUUCAAUUGCUAAUGUGUGGAGUAGGAGAUACAUAUGGUGUUGGAAUUGCUCUGCUGUUGAUAUGAUCAGGUAAGAAUAAAGUUAUAAAAGAGCAUCAGACAUUGUGUGACUGUGGGGAGCUACACCUGCUGUCGUCAUAAUAGAGAGCGUGGGUUGCCAGGAUGCCUGCGUUAAUUACGCAAAAAAUUUUAACGUAAUUAAUGAAAUAUAUUUGUUGCCGUUAAUGCGCUAUUUUUAUAAUAAUAAUAAUAACAAUAAUAAUAAUAAUGGGGCCGCAUGGUGGCCUACUGGUUAGCAUGUUGGCCACACAGUCAAGAAAUUGGGAAGAUCUGGGUUCGACUCUCCAUUGGGCAUCUCUGUGUCCCCGUGCGUGGGUGUUCUCCAGGUACUACGGUUUCCUCCCACAUUCCAAAAACAUGCAUGUUAGUUAAUUGGAGACUCUAAAUCAGUGGUCCCCAAACUACGCCCGUGGGCUGGAUGCGGCCCGCCUCCACAUUUUGCCCGGCCCCCUGAACAAUACCAAAGAUGCAUGAUGAUUUUUUUUUUUCAGUCUGGCCAUGUGACCGAGACUUGUACAUGCAUAGAACAUAACAUUCUAUUCCACCCUCCGCAGUCUGUGCUCUAUCUGAAACCCCGCCCUCAAAACAAAAAAAAUCCUGGACACACCCCUGUUAAUUAAAACGGAGUAAUGGCGGAAAUAGUAGGUAAGAGAAAAGUUGAUUCAGAAUGCAGGGUAUUUAACCUGCGGUGGACAAACGAUAAUUUUUUUGUACAAUGCAAAGAAAAGGCUGUUUGUCUCAUCUGUCAAGAGGCGGUGGCUGCAUUCAAAGAAUAUAAUCUGCGCCGACACUAUGAAUCCCGGCACAAAGACAAGUAUGCUAGCUUGCAAGGCCAAAUGCGAGCAGACCAACUCUCAAAGCUAAAAAGUGGACUGUUGGCUCAGCAGAAUACAUUUAUACGCCAAGCUCAGCAGAACCAGUACUCCGUUCGAGCGAGCUUUCGAGUUGCUCAACUGAUAGCAAGCAGCGGUAAACCUUUCACUGAUGGAGAAUUUGUCCAGAAAUGUUUGAAUGCUGUCGCGGAGGAGGUGUGUCCCAACAAGAAAGAUGUCUUUAAUGCCGUGAGUCUGUCGGCGACUACAAUGACAAGACGCAUUGAAGAAAUCGGGGGUAAUGUAUAUGCCCAGCUGCAGCAGAAGACGAAAGAAUUUGACUUUUUCGCAUUAGCACUGGAUGAGAGCACGGACGUGCGGGACACAGCGCAGAUGCUCAUUUUUAUUCGUGGAGUUACUAAAAUGGAACCUGACAUUGAACUUCUCACCAGCCAGGUGCAGGCCCACAGUUGACACUGAUGAACAUAUGUAGGCACCCUCUCUUUGUGCCGUACAUAUCUGCCUCCCCCCCUCGGCAGGUUGCCAUGGUCGCCAUACCUACUCUCUCUCUCCUAUUGGUCCUGGCAGAGUGGAGAGGCCCGGCGGACGCCUCCCCCCACCUGCUGCUGCGGCCCAGCCCGAGAGAGCGCGACGCGGGGGCAAUGAUGAACUUCAACAUCGCCGUGAUCCACGCCGGUGCGACGGUGCAGGCGGAGGCGGCGGUGGCCGGGUCCGGGGGACGGGUGCUCUACCCGGGUUUCGGCCGGGUGUACGGCUCCCUGGGGGAGAGCGUGGUCACCCAGUGGGGCUCGGCAAACGUCAUCUGGCUACAGGUGAACGACAGCAGCCCUAAGACGGUGCUGUCCCAGCUGUGUGAGCUGCUGGCUGCGCGGCCCCUGCAGGGUCUGGUUUACGAAGAGGAGAGCCCCACCCGCACGGCCUGGGGUCCACUGGCCCCCAUGCUGGAGUUUGUCUCGGCGCAAACGGGGCUGCCCAUAGUGGCUGUAGGAGGGGGAGCGGGGCUGGGGAGGAUGCCACAGGAAUCAGGUUCCAUCUUUCUCCAGUUCAGCUCCUCCACCGCCCUCCAGCUGGAGGUGAUAUUCGAGGUGCUGGAGGAGUACGACUGGACGGCCUUCUCUGUAGUGUCCACGCGUCACCACGGCUACCAAGAGUUCCUGUCGGUGGUGGAGGGCCUGACGGACGGUUCGUUCAUCGGCUGGGAGAAGAAGAGCGUGGUCAUCCUGAACGUGACUGACGACCCGGGGGGUGCACGCACGCGCAGGCUGCUGAAGGAGAACGAGGCGCAGGUCCGCUUGCUGUACUGCUCCCAGGAGGAGGCCGAGCUGGUCUUCCGAGCGGCCUGGGCGGCGGGCCAGGCCGGGGCUUCGCACAUGUGGUUCGCCGUGGGGCCGGCUCUCUCAGGUUUAGGCAUGGAGAGCCUGCCGAGGGCUCUGUUUGCCGUGCGGCCCCAGGGAUGGAGGGACGAGCCCCGCCGGAGGAUCGCGAGGGGUGUGUCAGUGCUGACUCACGGGGCGGUGGCCAUGCGCAAGGAUUACGGGACGACGGGCGGGCCCAACUUUGUCACCAACUGCAUGACGGAUGCCAAUCAGACCCAGAGACUGCGAGGAAGGAUGAGGUACUUCAGCAACAUCACACUCGGCGGCCGAGAUUUCUCCUUCGACAGCGACGGCUACCUGGCCAAUCCCUUCCUGGACGUCAUUUCCUGGACACCUGGGAAAGGAUGGGAAGAUGUAGGCUGGUGGGAGAACGGCGUGCUGAGGUUGCGACACCCAGCCUGGUCCCGCUACGGGUCUUUUCUGAAACCUCCAGAUGAUGCCCAGCACCUGCGUGUAGUCACUCUGGAGGAAAGACCAUUUGUCAUUGUGGAGCUGGCAGACCCCGCAUCAGGGACUUGCAUCCGGGACUCGGUACCGUGCAGGCGGCCGCUCAACGCCAGCACCAACCAUGAGGGCGUGACUCCCAGGAAGCAAUGCUGCAAGGGCUUCUGCAUCGACAUCCUCAAGAGAUUGGCCAAGAUCGUGGGCUUUACUUACGACCUCUACCUCGUGACCAACGGGAAGCACGGCAAGAAGAUCGACGGGGUUUGGAACGGCAUGAUUGGCGAGGUGGUAUACAAGCGGGCCGACAUGGCCAUCGGCUCGCUAACCAUCAACGAGGAGAGGUCAGAGGUUGUGGAUUUCUCCGUCCCUUUUGUGGAAACGGGGAUCAGUGUCAUGGUCUCCCGUAGCAACGGAACCGUUUCACCAUCUGCUUUCCUAGAGCCGUACAGUCCGGCUGUGUGGGUGAUGAUGUUCGUCAUGUGCCUGACCGUGGUGGCUGUGACCGUCUUCAUCUUUGAAUUCUUCAGUCCUGUGGGCUACAACCGCAGUCUGCAAACCGGCAAGAAGGCCGGUGGUUCUACUUUCACCAUAGGAAAGUCGGUCUGGCUUUUAUGGGCCAUUGUCUUCAACAACUCAGUGCCAGUGGAGAACCCCAGAGGAACAACAAGCAAGAUCAUGGUGCUGAUCUGGGCCUUCUUUGCUGUCAUCUUCCUGGCCUCCUACACGGCUAACCUGGCUGCCUUCAUGAUCCAGGAGGAGUACAUUGAUACUGUGUCAGGGCUCUCGGACAAGAAGUUUCAGCAUCCCGAGGAGCAGUACCCGCCUCUGAAGUUUGGCACGGUGCCCAACGGGAGCACGGAAAAAAACAUCCGCUCCAACUACCCGGACAUGCACCAGUACAUGGGCAAGUACAACCAGAGAGGAGUGGAGGACGCCAUUCUCAACCUCAAGACCGGGAAACUGGAUGCUUUUAUUUACGAUGCUGCGGUGUUGAACUAUAUGGCCAGGAAGGACGAAGGUUGUAAGGUGAUGACCAUAGGCUCGGGGAAGGUUUUUGCCACCACAGGCUACGGUAUCGCCCUGCACAAGAACUCACGCUGGAAACGUCCUCUUGACCUGGCCCUUCUGCAGCUGGUGGGAGAUGAUGAAAUUGAAAUGCUGGAGCGCCUUUGGCUGUCAGGUAUCUGCCACAAUGACAAAAUUGAGGUGAUGAGCAGUAAGCUAGAUAUUGACAACAUGGCUGGGGUCUUCUACAUGCUUCUGGUGGCUAUGGGCCUCAGCCUACUGGUGUUUGCCUGGGAACACUUGGUGUACUGGAAGUUGCGCCAUUGCAUGGCCACCAGCUCAGGCAAACUGGACUUCCUCCUAGCCAUCAGCAGGGGCAUGUAUAGCUGCUGUAGCUUUGAAGAUGAAACGGCGCCGGGUGGUGCUAAAUCAUUGGUUUCUCAUCACCACACUGCUAUGGUUCCAGUCCCGUCCCAACCGCACGUUAUUUCCACGUCUAUGACGAGCCCGGCUAUCGCCAUAGCGCAGCAGCAGCAACCGCAACCGCAGCAGCCACAGCCCGUCUACAAGACGCCCCUACCUGGCUCUCCUCCCACCGUGGUGCAUUCAGGAACAGCAGUGGGUCCCUCCAGCACCCCCAUUGCUGGUGCACCCCUCCCUUGCUCCACCUUCCUGCCCAGGCCAGACCGACGAUUGGCCGUGGUGGAUCGCUGGAGACUGCCUAAAUCUACAACAGCUGCCAACCCUCGAGCUGUAAGGGGGGGAAUUCCUGACAUGGGACCCUUUGCUCAAAAAGUCCCACCAAACUGGGCUUCAUCUGCUGGAGGAGGUGGGGGACUUGAUGGUUAUAAGCGAUAUUAUGGUCCCAUUGACCCUGAGGGACUAGGGCCCUGCAUGGAGCAGCAGGCAGGGUCCCAGACCCCCAAGACUAUGCCCAGGGGCCACCCCCAGCCCCCUCCAGCCAGUGUGGCCUUCUACUCAGAGAAGGGCAUGGACCACGGGGUGGGCAAGAGGGUAGUGGGAGGUGGCAGCGGAGGUCAGGGGAAAGGGGCUGUUAAAACUCUCGGAACUCCGAGACUACCUCCGAAGAGUCAAGCUCCUCUGCCUCCUACACCUCCACUGCCACACCCCUCUCCCCCUCUCCCCUCGUCCUUUUGGAGGAGGCGUAGGCCCAAAAAGCCUAAAGAACCCGGAGGUCCACUCUAUGAGAACAUUCUACCCCUGGGGCGGAGGGGAGAGGCACGAGAUGGAGUGAGGGAGGGAGGAGGAAGGAGGGCACGCCCCCUUUCUCCCCCACUCUCACUUCCUGUGCCAGUACCCCUCAGCCCCUCCUAUACACCACCCUCACCGUCGGCAUCCUUGCACUAUACUUCCUCAUCAUCUUCCUCAACGACAUCGUCCACAUCCACGUCCUCAUCUGCCUCGUCUUCUCGCUCCACCUCCCCCACGUACUCUUAUAGCUCCUCCAGGACCGGAGGACUCGAUGAAGACGAAGAUGACGACGACGAGGAGCUCACAGAGGAGUCCAGCCUUCUCCUCGGUAGGGGGCGGGAGAGGGAACGCUCAAUCAUUCGUCCUCGUUCCCUGAGCCAAGGGCGCUUGCCGCCGCCCGUCCCCCCCAGGAAGCCACGCACAUCCUGGGGUGACCGGGAACGGGAGCGGGAGAGGGGGGGCAGCCAACUGUCCCAACUUCAAGAGUGGUGGGCGAGCUGGAGCGAGAGAGAGAGGAGCGGAGCCGGGGGAGACGCCGAGAGGCAAAAACGUGAGAAGAAGAGGAGAAAAGAGAAGGAGAAAGAGAAGAAGAAGAAGAAAAAGAGCAAAAAGAGGAAGAAGCGGGAAGAAAGGGAAAGAGAACGCGAGAGAGAGAGGAAAAGACGAAAAGUGAAAAAGAAGAAGAAAAAAGCGUUGAAGACAAAGAAAAGGAAGAAAUCUACGGGGGGCAAAAGAUCUGAGCCGGAGGAUGGAGAUAUAGAGCCCGAGAGGGAAGGAGAAGUGGAGGGAGAGAGGGAAGGAGGAAUACAAGACUACUCCUCCUUUUCUGCUCAGUAUCGCAGUGCGUUUGGAGACAAGAGGCGGGAUUCGUGGGAAGGAGAGCGGGAGAGAGUGAGGAGGGAAGGAGGCGAGGAGGGCAAUGACAGGGAGGAGGAGGACAGCGGGCGAAGUAGGGAGCGCCAUCCCAAAUCCUCACACUCUCAUCCCAGACACCGUACCCCCGGUAAACGCUACCCCAACCUGAACAAACUCCCCGCAUCGGUCAAAUUUUGGGUCAACGGAAGGGGAGGCGACCCAAACACGCCCCCCACAUCCCUGCACCCCUUCUUCCCGUCCAGCAAGCGGCGAAGAAGCGAAGGAACGGAUCGAGACGACGGCGGCAGGGUCGGAGAGAGGCGUCCUUUGUUGAUGCCUUAUGAGAAAGAGAAAGCACAGACCAGAGAGGGGCUUUCCUUCCAUGAGUGGGAUUCUGAGGAUGAUGAAGACGAUGCAGACGAGGAGGAGGAGGAGAGGGAAAGAGUUAGGGAACGGGCGGGGGAGAGAGGAAGGAGGUCCGGUCGAGGAGCUGCGUCUGAGACUGAAAGGGAUAGGCUAGAAAGACGGGCAGAGGACAGUUACUCGGACGAAGGCUCAUCAGGGGAGUUUGGCCGUUUUGAAAGGUACUGGGAGGGCGGAGGAGCGAGCAGUUCCGGGAUAGGUGGAGGCGGGUGGUUCUUUGGCACCUACCCCUCCCGAGAAAGAGGAGGCAGUGUCAAUAGUCGUGACGAUUCCUUUCUCGGAACGAGGGCAGAGGGGUGGAUUGGUACUGAUUUUUGGAGUUCAGGGGCAGGUGUAAGUUGGGGAUCAGGGGGAUCACAGUGGCCGCCGCCCACCGCAGCGUUCCCUCCACCGAGGAGAUACUGGUCCAUGGACAAGAUCCCAAUUAAGGGAGACAAAAAGUGGAAGGGAGGGAAGAGUAAGAGGCAAGCUAGGGACAGAGGGGAGGAAGGUCGACGGGCCACCAUGUGUUCCUGCAGCCUUUACCCCCAUCCGCAUCCUUACCCUCACCCCCACAGCCGCUCGCACACCACCCAUUCCAAGAGACGACCCACCUCGCUUUCACGUAGCCAGGAGGAGCUUCUCCCCCACUGCCACAGCUUCAGUGGGGGCUCUCGCCCCAAACCGCUUCCUACCAAGUCAGACACCAGUCAGGCCAAAUCAGGCAGCCAAUCUAACCUCAGCACACAGCCCACCGACCUAGCACUCGAGCCCCCGCCGUCGCCACCUCAGCCGCCAUCUCUGUCUCCAACUACCCUCCCAAUGCCCAUCCCACCUCCGCCAUCCUCAUCUUCGGUCUCACCUCCAGCAGGGGUGGGGAUGGCAGGCCAGGGCCAGAUUCAGGCCUCUGCCAGUGCCAAACUCCAGUACCAGAGACUACGCUCUGUGCCACAGCCACGAAGGUUCUAUUCGCCUCACCUGCCACUCAAAGCCAAGAGUCUGUGCUCACGUCGAGGGUCAGCCCACUUCUCCAGCCUAGAGAGUGAGGUAUGACAGGGGGAGAGGAGAGAGGGAGACGUAGGCGCAAACACCUCUGUAAUUGAGCACCACGGCGACGCGGCAGCCGGAGCCAGAGACGAGGCUGCCGCGGUGGCCGUAGGUCAUCAAUUAGCAGCCAUUACAGCGGGAACUCAUCUGGGCAGUUAUCCUGAUGCUAGCAUUGCUCUGCGCGAGAGCAGCACCACCGCCAGCCGCUCCCUUGUACACGUUCUAGUAAGGGCAACAGUGAGACGCCACACCAGGGUAAGCUAUACCCCCUUGGAUGAUUCCCACUACGACGAGAGCGAAGGCGAGGCCGCAUCACAGAGGGGGGUGACAGUUCCGGAAGUCCUCCUUCGCUCAGAAUUGAGCUUUGUGAUGUCAUCCUCGGUUCUCCUCCCCUCACCGGGUCACAACUGUGGAUGGGAGUAGUCUCCAACCUGUGAGUAAUGAUGUCAUAUGUGUACACACACGCACGGGCAAAACGUGUCCUAUGCUCGAAACGUCUCCCUCCCUCUGGCUUUGAGAACAAUUUGGUGGGUUCAGAAGGGACACCCGAAUGGUGGACGGUGGAAGGUGACCAGACGGGCCCCUCCCUCUUCUUUGCUUUUGUAAAUGAGUUGAUGAGUCACGUCUCUCAUGCACCGUCACCACUGGGCAAUUCAUGAACUCUUAACGACCCAGCAACACCAUCAGACCCAUCUAGCUCUGCCCCAGGACCCCCAACUCUAUGUGAUGUCAUGUUUUAUUCCAAAAACAGUCGGACUGAACGGGAUUCUAUUUCCUCCUUGUUGGAGCUUGCUUGUCACCUGUGGUCCAACCAGAACUGGAUGAGAGUAUUUGGACAAAAAAAAGAAUAUUACUAUUUAAAAGGGAAAUAUUAAGAACAAAAAAACCCACCUAGCAUUUUUUUUCUUCUGUUUUAUUCAACAUGUUAUGAAUAUAUUUCUCUGACUGGGUUAGUGUUUUGAAAAAGAGGAGGCUGGAUGUGGCUCGUGUUGGAAGUGGGAAUUGUUGUGGCAAAUGUCCCCACCAAAGGAAGAUGAUCAUUUAUUUUCACAGAGAAUGUUAUUUUUUGUCCUGUCCUGGGAUGAAGGGGAUGCUUGGUGCAGUAUUUUUAAUUGGCACUAGAUGGCUGCCUAAUAUUCAAUAUUUGGUAUUUGAAUUGACAUAACUGGCAAGAAGAAUAAAGGGAAGGUGCAGAGCAUUGAAAAAACCAUGAACACGAGCCAGAUAUUGGAGAUUAUGGAUUACAUGAAGCACAAUUCUUCAGUGUGUUUUCCAGGCAUGAGUGCAGCACGUGCUACUGCACAAUCCACAGGUCACCUUUCUCUUGUAAUUAAUGACGCAGUAGGACUUUUGUUGAAGAAUGCUCUUAUAAUUUGGACAGGAAGAUAAACUGUGAAGGGUUGGUAACAACUAUGCUUAUGGAAGACUGUAUGACUGAGCAAUAUUCCCGCCUUCAAUGUGACAGGGACGCUGAAACGUGUGGGUUUUUUUUUUUUUUUAAUCGGCUGGGCUAAUAUGUUGUACAUCUUUGAUUGCUGGGUUUCAACCACGUGACCUGCCGUCACUUCCGGUGAGCAAGCAUUAGAUACGGCCACAUACACACUCGGUAUGUUUGUGCGAUAUUUUGGAGAUUCAAGCGAAUAACGGCGCGUGUGAGUGUACACGGUGUGCUGCAUGAAAACAGGCCAAAAAAAGACGGGUAGAAAAGCAGUGGAAGCUUAUCAGACAUCAUGAAAACAAUGCUUGCAACAUGUCAAUUUGCGUUCAUUCCACCCAAUUAUUGCGCAUGAAGACAUUCUUGUAGAUGCCCUUCAUCGUUUCUGCCGCACUGUUUCAGCCAGACUUUAUAUUCUAUUUGUUUCUAGCAAGCUAGCUAGCAAGGCCCACUACCAAGCCGUCCGUGGAGCAUCACUGGACAUUCCAGGUGGCUACAUUUCACAUUUUGAAUAAAUCCGAUAACAUUAAAAAUAGCACAGAUUACCGAUGAUUUAAAAUAAAAAAAAACAUUACCCGUACUGUGCGGAUGAGCAAAUCAAGCGCCCCGUUUUUCUCCUGCCUGUGAUGUUAACGGCCUGUCGGAACUUUCCGAGGAAGACAUUUUGCGUGCUCGUUGUCCCAAAUGCUCCGCGAUGAGGGGGAAAAACCCCACAUCGAGCACACAAAAAAAACCUCAGCACAGGAUGUGAAAACAAGACAUGUCCUGGGAAAACAGGACAUUUGGUCACCCCAUCACAUCUGUACACAUGGUUUAGCUUUAGGUUCAUGGGAAGAGAGCGGACAGGCUACUGCGAUACUAUUAAAAAUUGCUCUGAUAACCGAUAAUUUGAGGUGAGAUUACCUGUACUGUGCGGAUGAGCAAAUCAAGCGCCAAAUGCUCUGCCAUGAGGGCAAAAAAAACCCGAAACAUUGAGCACAAAAAAACCUUAUCAGCCACUGGAAACACCAGCGCCGCGCCGUUUGAAAAGUGCAAAAGGUUUGCCAGAGACCUCCAUGGCGUCACACCGGCUGCUCGGAACGUGUGCCCGAAUAUAGAGCACGUUGCUGGGCCACAGCAGGUGGCUCCCUCCCUUCUAUCCGCUUCUGAUGAGGACUAAUCAACAGGUACACUUGGUCAAAUCCUAAUUUGUUCCAGUCCUGAGAAGCAAAAGGUUGAAAGAAAAGAUUUCGUUCAUUUCUAGUUUUAAUGUUGAUUUUAGCAUAAAUUGUGCUUCUCGUUGCUCACUGUAAACUGGAGCGUGUUUAUUGUAUUGGACUUUAUUAAUCCCACAGCAGGGAAAUUCACUUUUACUUUUUUAAUUCACAUUUAAUCGGCUCCACUCCACGAGGGCGAUAGCUGGUUAGCAAACGCCGAAAAAGGUGGUUUCUCGGGGUUUCCUGAACUUUUUUUUAACAGUGAUUUCUACAUGCGACAGCGGCAAAUGUAUGCAGCGUUUUUGCUGUGAUUUGACAUGACUCCUCGUCAGGAAUACGCUUGCAUCUCUUUGAACCGGGUGUGACGUCACAUGAAACCCAGCAAUUUGCUUUUGAUGGAUCCCGUGUGGUUCUUUUAGCCGUGCGGUGCGAGUCCAAGAUGCUUUGUGUAGCGUGAUUUCUUUGGAGCCAUCCACUGUGUGAACGCUGCCAGCGUUGCAUCUGACAGAUUGCGUUUAAAUCUCUCACACUAAGACCAGCCACAGCCCAGCUCUUCUUCUACUGUAGUUGAAUGUAGCGUUGUCACCAUGUAGCAAAACAACAUCUACUUUUACAAUUUGUAGCUUUUUUUGUGGAUGCUGUGGAUAAUAAUGGCUAAAACGGGGAUUUGACUUGCUGUAUGAGGGGCUGUGCAUUAUAUUUGUGCAUGUUGUCACAGAUCGAAGGCUUAGUCGACCUUCUCAAUCCCCCCUUUGGCAAGCGCUUUCUUUUACCUGCACAUGGAUUGCUUUUUUCUAAGUGUGUGUGGGGGCACUUUGUACAAAAAACAAAAAAAAUGAAUCUGUCAUCCUCAAGAGAGCUCCUUUUGCCAUUUUCCCACCCUUUUAAGAAGCCCAGAAUCAUCAGUGCAUGUUGAAAUGAAUUCAGGUGUGCCGUAAGACCACGGCAAAUGUUUAGGAGCCGGGGAAGCCACCUGUUUAGAUGAGGUCAUGAGCCUGCAAAACCCUUCAUCCCAACACUGGUAACCAUGGCAACGGUUUGCCUGUGCAGCAGCCAUGUUUUAACAACCAACAGGGCUGAAAGGAAAGUGCACUUUUUCUUGUUGGAAUCUUGCCCGUCAUCCACAAGCCUUGUGUGUGACAUCAACGCACGCCUUUCUCUUUUAUGUGCGUUCUAAAGAAAUAAAAACAGCGAAAAAAAAAAGAGGCAGCUAAGAAUGCACGUAAUGGGACGCACCUAUUCGGCAACAACGCCCCAUUUGCAUGAUGUGACCUGCAUAUUAACCAGGCUACAGCGACACUCUUAUGAUGGGCCUGCAAGCAAAGCGACUGUUCGUCGUGUAUUAUUUCUUUCUUUAUUAUUAUAUCUUAAUCUGCCGCAACAAAUGCAGGACUCAUUGGAGAGGUCUUGAUCAUGAGUAGUGUUCUAUUUGUAGUGGGUAAUCGUAGCAAAGUAAUUGACGAAAAAAGGAUUAUUUUUAGAUACAGCGGCGUUUUCUGCUAUUUGUCUGCAUUGGCUGCUGUCUUGUGGUUUUUAGGAACGUUACAGUCUGCCUUCUGCCAUGACGCGGGGGCUAGCUUGCUUGCAUCCGCUAGCUUGAUGCUAAUAUCUCAUGAAAAUCCCAUAGAUCGUCAAACCGAUUGACAUUGCGAUUAUUUGACCUGCGGUUUAGCUUUAUCAUAGGUAAAAUGUGUACACCAAGCACAUAAAACAUUGUUUAGAUACACAAACUGUUAAGCCAGGGGGAUAAAACGAGCAAUAUGUAGGAUAAUAUUACAUAUUCAGAAUGUUGAGAUGUGCAUUGGCUAGCGAUCGCUAGCUAGCAGUGUUAAUAUACAUCAUGGUAUCACGUGAGCGGUUAGGAUAGUCACAAUCUCAACAUGAUCUUAGCAUUUUAUAUUAAAUUGUAAAUAAAAACAGUUUCAAGAAAUUCUAAGCCAGUAAAGUAAAAAAUAAAAACAGUAGAUGUAACAGGCUCAGCAUGAUUAUAAUAGUAAUACACGGACCUUGGCAAUCACAGAAAUAGAUCAAUAAAACAGCUUUCUAUUGCACCCCAUUUCUUUUAAUAUAAAAACAAGCAAAAAUAAUUUGAAUAGGCUGGAUAAUUUUUAUUCAUCAAUAAAGAUCUUAAUAUCAUCAAUGAAAUUGCUUGUUACAUCCAAGAACUACGUUGCUGGUGUAGCGACAUCUCGCCGCACAACACCGUCUGUCUGCUAGCUGGCUAGCGACUAGCUUGACGACACACUUGCUAAGUGGUCAAUCACCAUACUUCACAUAUGUAAUAUAUCGUCUUUAUUCACCGAGACUGAGCUACGUAAAAAUGUAGGCAAUGCACGUAGCGCAUGCACACCUGACACAAUGUAACCUACCUACUGCACCAUGUGGGCAUAAAAAUAAACGUCUACGCACACAACACCCAUGCCAAAAUGACACCCAUAUGCCCCCUCCGCAAGGCUUGCUGGGUAGCUUGUGGUACUUCCAACAUGUCGCUGUCUUUGGCGCAUUUUUGCUUGAUUGCAAAACAUGUUGAGGAGGUCGUCAGGGAAGUCAGACGCUCGUAUACUCCUGAUAUCCAACGUUUUAUCAUUCAUAGUUCAUAUUGUUGAUGCCACAGGGCUACCCAGCAUGCCCUGCGGGCACUUGUCGAUUGCAGCUAAAGUUACGUGUUAUGUUGAGCGCUGCGUUGUUGUUUAUCACCCACGUAGUAGCAGUAGUUGAUUUAUGUGAUACGUUAGCUUACCGUGGAUGUGUUGUUAUUCCGUCUGUUUGAUGACCACCGAUACAUAGACGACCCCUCGGCCAAAUGUUUUCACCCAAUGUGGCCCGUGAGUCAAGAAGUUUGCCCACCCUCCAUCUAGAGGAUACAGCUUUUUUUUCUGAACACAUCUGAGAGCGCAAGUUCCCCCCAUAUUGUGAUUUCCACCAUAAAUAUUAGUCUGACAUUUAUUUUGUCUCCAUAUUUAGAUUCCUUGACCAUGAAAACAUACCUGUAGCACCGGGAUUCAUAAUGAUAUCAAUAUUAGUUCAGUUGUUAUUCACAAAAAAGGCAUUUUCCGUAAUGGCCGUUUUCUUCUGCAUCGAGCUCCGUAGCUUUUGAAGAUACAACAAAUCCGUUAACACACUCCAGACUCCAUGGUGUCUUCUUUGUUGCAUGUUCGUAGCUUCAUUUGGUGUCUUCCUGUGAUGAAAGUUCCAAAGAUCCCCUACUUUUUCAUACUCCGGAUCCUAGUAUCCGGAAUUACUCUAUCACCCGGAUCAGUUUUUGAUAUUUUGUAGAACCUGUCGGAAACCUGUCCUGUUUUUUUUUUGUGUGUGGAGUUUAAUGCACAAAUGCUGAAAAUGCUGAAAUGAGCAGCGUCAUUGCUCCGUGAGUUGAUCACAGUGCGGUUAUCAAUCACGGGUUUCCGACCACCGGUAAUGAUCACAUACCUACCGUCCCAUCACAAGCAUGGAUUAGCUGCUUUUUGUGUAUCUUUAGAAGGCACAGAAAAGACAAAGACACGCGUGUUCACGUCUCACACAGGACUGUGGAUGAUGGGUGCACUUUUCCCUUAAAGCUGCGGCGACACGACACGGAGCGGCGUUGGUUUCGACUGAGGCGCUAAUUCUGAAGUCUGUGACUGCAUGAACAGAAGGGUCUCUUCAAAAAUUUUGCUCCUUUUUGUGUUCUUUUCUUUCAAAAGAAAACAAGAAUAUAUGAAAAUAUACUAUGUUUUUUGAGAAUGUACCAUGUUAUACUGUGAUUUAACUGAGAUAUUUUAUUGUAUUCAGAUCAUUUGGAUUCUACCAUUUAUCAAGAAAUAUAUAUGUACAAAUAUAUAUAUAUAUAUACAUAUAUAUAUACAUACAGGUAUAUAUAUUAGUUAAGUUUGGUAUAUUUGGAGGAAGUGUUAGAUGAAAUAGUUUUCAAUGUUUUAGCUUUGUAGCCAAACUAGUAACUGAAAUGAUUUUGGACUUUUGAUUCCUCCUAUAUGACUGUGAAGACAUUAGUGCCUGUGACAAAAAAGACAAAGUAAACGUCUAAACUGGCUAUCCAUCUGUAUCUACUACCGCUAUCACUCCUCUCGUACUACCUACAAUUACUUUCUCGACACUUUCCCCACGUCAUCCUUCUGUUCCUUGGCACAGCCUGCGGUCUCUUUGCUGUCUCCUGUUUUAUUAGCAAGCCAUGAUGAACGUUGGCACAGAGUGAGCGCUUUCUCUCUUUGUUCAUCACACCAUCGCCUCAUCACCCCCUCCAUGUCUCACUUAGCAAAAACAGAGACCAGUAGAUACUGUGUUCUUGCUCCUUUGGAUUGAUUGUUGAUGAUGAUCCAAGGGGCUGCGUUCACGCUUGGACUUCACUGCUUUGCUUCCCACCAACUACAGUGUUUGGGGAAAAAAAAGAUUCUUGGUGCAUACUUGGGUGCAGUUCGCUUAGCCUUCACGCUGGUAUUUGUUUGUCAUGGGACCAAAGGCUGCAUAAACAUACUGUAUGCAUAAAGUAAGCUUGUUUGGCAUAUCAUGUGAUGUAACUGAAAUACAGCACAGGAAUCCCUCGUUUAUGGCGGCUAAUUGGUCCCACACUUUCCAAACUGCCAUAUGUGAAUUUCCGCCAAGUAGGAUUCAAUAUUAAUAAACAUUUAUAUUUUCAGAGUUAGAGGAUAGAGAACCUGUUUAUGGCUGGUUUUAGCAUUAUUAGAGCCCUCUAGACAUGAAAUAACACCCCUAUAUUCACCUUUCCACUCCUAUUACUCAAUGUAGUAGACAUAAUAAAAGAAAAUAAGACAUAUCUGUCAUAGAAAACCUAUUUACUACCUUCUAAAUACGCUUUUUUAACAUUAUUAGAGCCCUCUAGACAUGAAAUAACACCCCUAUAUUCACCUUUCCACUCCUAUUACUCAAUAUAGUAGACAUAAUAAGAGAAAAUAAGACAUAUACGUCAUAGAAAACCUAUUUACUACCUUCUAAAUACGCUUUUUUAACAUUAUUAGAGCCUUCUAGAUAUGAAAUAACACACCAAGAGUCACCGUUACACUCCUAUUACCCAAUAUAGUAGACAUAAUAAGAGAAUAUAAUACAUAGAAAACCCGUUUACCACCUUCUAAAUAUGCUUUUUAAAAUGAUUAGAACCAUCGAGACAUGAAAUAACACCCCUAUAGUCACCUUUACACUCCUAUUAUCCAAUAUAGUAGACAUAAUAAAAGAAAAUAAGACAUAUAAAUAACAGAAAACCGGUCUUCCCGAUCUCCAAGACUGUGACUGUGUGGCCAACAUGCUAACCACUAGACCUAAUAGUAAUACUAGACCUAACCUAAUAUAGUAAACAUAAUAAGAGUAAAUAAGACAUGCUGUAUAAGACAUAGAAAACCUGUUUAUGACCUUCUAAAUAGGCUUUUUAACAUUAUUAGAGCCCUCUAGACAGCCCUAUAGUCACCUUUACGCUCCUAUUACCCAAUAUAGUAGACAUAAUAAGAGAAAAUAAGACACAUGAGACAUAGAAAAACUGUUUGUAACCUUCUAAAUACACUUUUUAACAUUAUUAGAGCCCUCUAGACAUGAUUUAAAACCCCUUUUGUCACCUUUACACUCCUAUGACCCAAUAUAGUAGACAUAAUAAGAGAAAAUAAGACAUAAGUAAUAGAAAAACAGUUUAUGACCUUGUAAAUACACUUUUUAACAUUAUUAGAGCCCUCUUGACAUGAAAUAGCACCCCUAUAGUCACCUUUACACUCCUUUUACCCAAUAUAGUAGCCACAAUAAGAUAAAAUAAGACCUACAAGUCAUAGAAAACCUGGUUAUGACUUUCUAAAUAUGUUUUUUAACAUUAACAAAUAACACCCCUAUAGUCACCUUUACACUCCUUUUAACCAAUAUAGUAGACACAAUAAGAUAAAAUAAGACCUACAAGUCAUAGAAAACCUGUUUAUGACCUUCUAAAUACGCUUUUUAACGUUAUUAGAGCCUUCUAGACAUCAAAUAACACCCCUAUAGUCACCUUUACACUCCUGUUACCCAAUAUAGUAGACAUAAUAAGAGAAAAUAAGAAAUAUAGAAACCUGGUUAUGACUUUCUAAAUAUGUUUUUUAACAUGAACAAAUAACACCCCUAUAGUCACCUUUACACUCCUUUUAUUUACUGUUUACAACACAUUGCAACUCUUAUGCCACAGGGACUAGAGAUGGCUGUGAAGAGCAAACCAGCUUCCCUCAAAUGUAUUUCUUAUAAACUUAAGAAGACAAAAACAUACCACUUCCACACGGAAAAGGAGGAGAACUUUUUUUCACCCUCUCAUGUGGAACACGCCAUGGCUGACUUCAUGCAGUGUUAAGGUAAUGUCAUGUACUGUAAGCUAAUGUCUCAAUGUUGUGUGUCAUUACUGCUGCCUAGUGACCAGAAUACUACAUAUGACUUGUAUUUCCACAUGUUUUGACUAAUAAUAGACAACAAUAGACUAAUAACAGCUAUCGUUUAUUCAUUCAUUCAUUUCUGAAAAAAUGCGAUGUUGUGAGGGACCGUAAUGCACUCCAGACACACAAAAGACUUUUUUAAAGUAUAAUUUGACAUGCAGAAAACAAAUUGCAAUCCAUAUACCGUAAAUGAAAGUUAUAAAUCAAACGAACAUUUAACCUCUCUUUUACCUUCAUUGAGGACAUGAUUAUUGACAAAGGCGGCGGGCGAGGGACAAGAGAUGCUCACGGACACCACCUUGGUGUUUUGUUAUGAGUUAUUUCUAUAUUCAGUACUGUUUCUCACCUUCUUCAUCAGAAUGCUGUGACUUGCAACUUCCUUUGCCUCCAUUUCGGUUAAUAUGGUAGCCGUGAUGAAAACAAAGCAGAGUAUGGCGCAACUGUGUUAGGUAGCAAAGAAGUCAGCCGCUGAUGACAUCAUAGACGAGCGACUCAGCUGACUCCCGCUUCCUGUUUCCAUGUGUUGGUAAGCAGUUUUUGUUAGUGAUUUAAAAAAAUACUUUAAUAACAGAGUGGGACUCCCGCCGCAUAUUAAUAACACAACAACACGCACCCCAUAUUGUACGCUAACCGAAAAAUGCACACAACAUUUUUGCAUAAUAUUUUGACGUCAACACGCUAACUGAGCUUCCGCUCUAUUUUUAACAUCAGGCUCGCUCCUCCCCUUCCAAACCUUCCUGCUAGCUUGACAUCGAUGUUCUCUGAUUUUGGAUCAACAUUUGCAAAAAAGUGACUGUUGGAAAUAUUAGAUUAGAUUCUUUAACACUUACUUAUGAAUGAUUUAGGGUGAAUGAGAUGAGGAAAAAACAGCCUGUUUUUGGAGAUCUGUAAAAAUAUUAAAAUACACAAAUAAAAAUAUAUGGAAAAUUAAUUACAUUUUAGUUUUUCCCCAUAUUGAGUUAUUUUCAAGCAUAAAAAAUGGCUAAAUGAAGUAUACAACUAUAAGGCAUUCAGAAGAUGCAUUCAAAGAUGUGAUGAUGAGUCGUAUCCUACACUAGUCACUAAGUGUCAGUAAUGUUACAUUGACGAGACAACAGCCGCCACAGAAAGUAAAAAAAGAACAACAAAGAACUCUCCCAAUGCUAACACAAGUCUGUGUUGUGUCUAUAUUAUGUCGGAUUUAUAUCUUAUUUUCUCUUAUUAUGUCUACUAUAUUGGGUAAUAGUAUAAAGGUGACUAUAGGGGUGUUAUUUCAUGUCUAGAGGGCUCUAGUAAUGUUAAAAAGUGUAUUUAGAAGGUCAUAAACAGGUUUUCUAUGAAUUAUAUGUCUUAUUUUUUUAAUUAAUAUUUGUACUAUAUUGGGUAAUAUGAGUGUAAUAUGACCAUAGGGGUGUUAUUUCAUGUCUAGAAGGCUCAAAUAAUGUUAAGUGUAUUUAGAGGGUGAUAAAAUGUUUCUAUGACUCAUGUCUCAUUUUCUGUUAUGUCUACUAUAUUGGGUAAUAGGAGGAUAAAGGUGAUUAUAGGGGUGUUAUUUGAUGUCUAGAGGGCUCUAAUUGCAGUAUGUUUUAAAAAAUCAUAUUUAGAAGGUCAGAAACAGUUUUUAUGACUUAUGUCUUAUUUUUCUGUUAUGUCAACUAUAUUGGGUAAUAGGAGGAUAAAGGUGAUUAUAGGGGGUGUUAUUUAUUGUCUAGAGGGCUCUAAUAGUGUUUAAAAAUCAUAUUUAGAAGGUCAUAAACAGUUUUUUAUGACUUAUGUCUUAUUUUCUUUUAUUAUGUCAACUAUUUGGGGUAAUAUAAGUAUAAAGGUGACCACAGGGGUGCUCUAAUAAUGUUAAGACGUGUAUUUAGAAGGUAGUAAACAGGUUUUCUAUGCUCUAACUACUGAAAUAUUCCAUUUAUAACUAAAGGAUCCUACUUUGGAAAUUGACUUGUCACAAUUGGGUCUGGAACCAAGUGACCGCCAUGUAGGAGGGAGUACAGUAGUGUAAAUAUUUGAAUGCAGAAUUGCGAGUGUGCAGGGAAUCCACCGUAUUCCAAACCAAAAUGCCAUCUGCUGUGUUGGUUACUUUUAAAUUCUGCUCUUUUUACCAGUUUGGAUUUCAUGAAAAGCUCGUGAAAUACACUUUCAAAGAAUGCCAUUGUUGCAUUUUCUCGUCCAUAUUUGUGGUUUCUGCAUGCCCUUUGUUGUCAUUUUAACGCCGCUGCGUGGCUUUGGGCUCACAUUUGCGCCCAAGUGAAGUGAACUGCACCAGAGGUCACUUGCAAGCGGGCCGAGGCUCCUGUCUCACUGGUGCGUGUUUGUUUGUGGUGCGCACCGAGGUUUGGAUGAGCACGUCCACGCUUGAGUGCACGGUGCUAGCAGAGCAGCAGAGUUUGAAGCAAAGAUGCCAAGUGUGAACGCAGCCUUGAUUGCUCUUUGGAAUAACCUAUGGACUAUGUUACUAUUCAUGAUGUGACUGAAAUGUGUAUCUGAUGACCACGCCACUGUAGCACGUCUGGGCCGAAACCACACCACCAGCGAGUGAACCAGGCCGCAGUUGCUAUGGCGUUGCCAUGGCAUUUUCAUGGCGUUGCCAUGGUGUCCUCCGCACCGCCACCACCUGGUGCCUGCUGGGUAACAUAGCAUACAGUCCUCACCCCCCUCCCUCCCCCCUACAGAGCACUGAUCAAAGCUCCGCUGUGCUCUGCUCGGCUCAGCCUCCGGACGGGAGGCGAAAUCUCUGAAAGCUGACGCUGGAAGGGCGUCUCCACGUCCGCUGUCACUCGUCUGGACUGGACUGGCGCCAAUGAUAAAUGUGUCUAUCAUUCCCAUCAUCUAACCCUUAGAUCUUCAUAUCGCUGACGCCAGCGUGGGGUGGGGAUGUAAAUCUCUUUGCGGUUCGAUUCGUUACGCAUCUAGGUGCACACGAUUCCACUUUACUUUAAAAACAGAACGAUUCGAUACAGUGUACAAAUGAUACGAUUCGGUACGACACGACGGGUACAUCUGUUGAUGUGGACAUGAAUGUUACAUUAUAAAAUGAAGAAGCUAGCAUGAAAGUGGCAUUUUCAAAGGUGUAUAAGAGCACGGCACAUUCCCAAGCAUGCUUUAAGGCAGGGCUCCCCAACCACUGGGAAAACACUUAUUUAAAUAAUUAGUAAAUAACUACCUCAAAUGGAUGGCAAUUUUGGAAAUAUGGGCCAUUAUUGUAUUAAAAAAACAAUAUACCACUAAUAAUCCCGCAGUUUUUGCAUGUUGUUUGUCACGAGCGGCGACGUGUCCCACUUUAUUCGACGGCCCUUCAACGCACCAUCACGCUGCACAGAUAGACUACCAUACUGUAGUAAUACUUUUCCCCGUUGUUCUUUCACCUCAUAUUGCUGAUACUGUGUGGGAAUGCGUAAGGGUAAGAUUUGAGUGCUAAUGUGUAUAUUUGAGGUACACAACAAAGUCCAGGCUCGUACUGGAGGAUGGUGGCUCUGUAUUCAUUUAAAGCUUUUAAUUUGAUGUUGUUCCUGUCUUAUGUACACCAUACAUAACAAAUAAGAUCAAUUAGAUGGUUUUAAUGUAAUGUAAUGUGUUGAAAAUCUUUCCUGGUGACUAGCAAGCGUGUCGCUAAUGCUAGCACCUGCUAAUGCUAUUUAAAUCCAUUGUGGAUUCUACGGCGCAUGCGCGACCAUCCUUUCACUGGCAGACCAGGCUGCCUCGUUGUUUUAAGAGACGGACUGUAUCGCGAUACCGGGUACAGUGUUCCCUCGCUACAUCGCGCUUCACCAUUUGCGGAUUUUGCAAUUUUGCUUCUUUUUGUUUUGUGUUCUGCGUCCUUGUGGUGUAUUAGAGCGAUCUAUCGGUGCUCUUUUGGAUGUGUCUGUUAUUGUAUUUACUACUGCUACCAGUAGAGGCUGUGCGGCUCCGCCUCCUUAGGAAGACACAGUCGACAAUAGCCGGCUAAAUAAAGCCACAACAUCCUUACUGGCUAAGGGAGAACCCACCCUUUGUCUUCUGCGUCCUGAUUGGCUGUAGACCAUUGUCAAUCUAAUCUCCUUUGUGUCGUUUCCUGUUGCGGUCAAUAGUAACUAGCAAACUAGCUCACUGUGUGAGCUACUUGCUAAGUGCCAAUGAACAAUAGGAGGAGGAGAAGCUAGCCGGCUAAAUGAAUCUUCGGUUCAAAGAGUAGACGAGGAGGAGGACGACGGCAGGAGCAAAAUGUUUUAAAAAGGAUGCAGCUGAACGGCGCCAGGACGAGGCACGGUCAGAGGAGUGAAUAUACGCGUGAGUCACUUCAUCAUUUCUUGUGUCCAACCUAGUAGGUUGGUCAUUGAAAUUCAAAUGAAAUUUGACCUUUGAGAGCGUUUAAAUAAGAGAGAAAUGAGAUAAAUUGUUAAGGCCUGUCUGAGAAAAGCGUAUAAAAUGUAUGUUGAGUGGUUUUACAGCCUUAAAACAUAUAAUCCUUGUACAAAAAUAAAGUUGGCUACUUCGCGGAUUUCACUUAUUGUGGGCUAUUUUGGGAACCAAUCCCCAGCGAUGAAGGAGGGAACGCUCUACAUGUUACACGCAUUCAUCUAAGGGAUUGUGGCUGAUUCUUAGCUUGUCAAUGCGGACGUCCUGUGGCAUCAGCUUCCCCUUCACAACCCUAGCAUGGGGUGUUGAGGAGCGUCGUGCCGUUUAAGCGUGUUGCAUGUGCUUGUGUGAAAGCAGCUUGUCGCCGUCCUCUUUGAGAAGCAUACCCAGGCUUUGCCCUGCGUGCAUACUUAACACGACGCGCACGCCGUCGACGCGGCUUUAGUCAUUUAGCAGGCCAAAAAGCUGCACCCCCGGCAGCUGAGACAGUGUGUUGUGUAUAUUUGGGUACGUUUCGUCCCCUGCUUGUUUUGUGGCGUCUUGCUUAUGUCCUGUCCCUGCCGCUCACCAUCACUCGCUCUCUGGUGUUCACACGCGUCCACUUCAAUUUGUAUUCCUUCGCUGACUUGAUCCGCUUCCACGUCCUGAUUUGCUGUGAUUUAUCCAGCUCUGCCAUCCUUUGCGCAGUCCAGUCCAGGCUGGUGACAAAAAGCGUCUGUCUUUAAAAGAGAGACGACCGCCUCAUCCUCCUGACCUGGGAAGCCAAGCCAGUGGUGCUCCAGAAUUCAAACAGGGUCCUCAUUGGCUGAAUCGGCCGUGAAUUAUAUCAAGGAAAUAUCGGAGCGCCACUGGUAGUCCUCAGCAGGUCGAGGGUGUUACGUCCCGCACCAUGAAGACUUUAUCUUUACCCACAGAAACCAGUGUGUGUGUGUGUGUGUGUGGGUGUGUGUGUGUGUGUGAGUGUGAGUGUGUGUGUGUGUGUGCGUGUUUUCUGCUCUAGUAACCUCUCCAACACUUAAGGCCUACUUACGGGUUUCCAAGGCAGGUUUCUAGUAGUGAUGAUGUUGCUCCAGCCCAGACUGGGCUGGUCUGUGCCCAAAUUCAAAUGUGUUAGUUUCUUUGACACUGUCUAUCUGGGGGUGGGGCUGGAGGGUCAGUGCUGCACUUACUUCUUGACAAUUGCUUCAUAAAAUAUGAUUAUCUUUAAUUACCA